AUGUACCAGUGGAGGAAAUUCGAUUUCUUCGAGGAGAAAUACGGAGGCAAAAUACCUGACGAUGUCACCGGAGAUAUACAAUGCUGUUCCAGUGGCCGUGGCAAAGUAGUCAUCGGCUCCAAUGACGGAUCUGUCAGUUUCCUCGAUCGCGGUAUCAAGUUCGAUUCCGGUUUCCAAGCUCACUCUUCUUCCGUUGUCUUCCUUCAGCAUCUCAAGCAAAGGAACUUCCUUGUCACUGUCGGAGAAGAUGAACCAAUAUCGCCGCAGCAGUCAGGAAUGUGUCUCAAAGUAUUUGAUCUCGACAAAGCGCAGGAGGAAAGCACAAGUUCCUCCGCUCCCGAAUGCAUUGGUAUCCUAAGAAUAUUCACCAAUCAGUUUCCUGAAGCUAAGAUUACUUCUUUUCUAGUCCUGGAGGAAGUUCCACCCAUACUGCUCAUAGCCAUUGGCCUAGAUAAUGGAUGUAUUUAUUGUGUCAAAGGGGACAUUGCGCGAGAGCGUAUUACCCGAUUUAAGCUUCAAGUAGACGGAGUUUCAGGAAAAAGACAAUCCCCUAUCACAGGCUUGGGGUUCAGGAUGGAUGGUCUAUCGCUUCUGUUAUUUGCCGUAACUCCAGACUCAGUGAACUCGUUUGGUAUGCAAGCGCAGCCACCUAAAUUGCAGACUUUGGAUCAUAUUGGGAGUAGUGUGAAUACUGUUACAAUGAGUGACCGUUCGGAAUUAAUAGUUGGUCGACCUGAGGCUGUUUAUUUCUAUGAAGUCGACGGACGCGGUCCUUGCUGGGCUUUUGAAGGAGAGAAAAAAUUCAUGGGGUGGUUCCGUGGCUACCUUUUAUGUGUCAUCGCUGACCCUAAAAAUGGGACAAACGUCUUCAAUGUCUACGACCUCAGGAAUCGGCUGAUUGCAUAUAGCCUAGUUGUUGAUAAAGUCUCUAACAUGCUCUGCGAAUGGGGAAACAUAAUACUUAUAACGGCUGACAAAUCAUUAUUGUGCGUUACCGAGAAGGAUAUGGAAAGCAAGUUAGAUAUGCUUUUCAAGAAAAACCUGUACACGGUAGCAAUUAAUCUUGUCCAGAGUCAACAUGCUGAUGCUGCUGCUACUGCCAAUGUAAUGAGGAAGUAUGGAGAUCAUUUAUAUGGCAAACAGGACUAUGAUGAAGCUAUGUCUCAGUACAUCAACACGAUUGGUCAUCUUGAACCAUCAUUUGUUAUACAAAAGUUUCUGGAUGCACAGAGAAUCUACAAUCUUACUAAUUACUUGGAGAAGUUGCAUGAGAAGGGUCUAGCAUCAAAAGACCACACAACUCUGUUGCUAAACUGUUACACUAAACUGAAGGAUGUAGAAAAACUGAACACAUUCGUUAGGAAAGAAGAUGGCAUUGGGGAGCUCAAGUUUGAUGUGGAAACAGCCAUUAGGGUGUGUCGUGCGGCUAACUACCACGAGCACGCGAUGUAUGUUGCAAAAAAGGCAGGAAAACAUGAGUGGUAUUUGAAAAUUUUGCUUGAAGACCUUGGAAACUACGACGAAGCCCUGCAAUAUAUUUCGAGUCUUGAACCCAGUCAAGCUGGGGUAACAAUAAAAGAGUAUGGUAAGAUUCUUAUAGAGCACAAGCCAAAAGAGGCAAUUGAUAUACUCAUGCGACUUUGCACUGAGCAAGGAACUUCAAAUGGUGUGUACCUGUCCAUGUUGCCUUCACCUGUGGACUUCAUCAAUGUGUUUGUUCAGCAUCCACAUUCGCUAAUGGAUUUUCUUGAGAGAUAUACUGAAAUAGUGAAAGAUUCACCGGCUCAAGCAGAAAUCAAUAACACACUCUUAGAGUUAUACUUGUCCAGGGACUUGAAUUUUCCAUCAAUCUCUCAAUCAGAAAACGGUUUAGAUCAGGACUUCACAGAUCUUUCAGUAGCAGCUGCGAUGUCUAGGGCUGAUUCUGAAAAGAGGAAAAAUGCUGAUUUGAAGGAUACAGUUGAGAAGGAUUGCAUGGAAAGACAACAGAAGGGACUGGAGUUGCUUAAAAUGGCAUGGCCGUCAGACCUUGAGCAACCACUAUAUGAUGUUGACCUUGCUAUAAUUCUUUGUGAGAUGAAUUCGUUCAAGGAAGGGCUUCUGUAUCUGUAUGAAAAGAUGAAACUUUACAAGGAGGUUAUUGCUUGCUACAUGCAGAAUCAUGAUCAUGAGGGACUGAUUGCGUGCUGCAAAAGAUUAGGUGAUUCUGGCAAGGGAGGGGAUCCGUCUCUUUGGGCAGAUCUUCUCAAGUAUUUUGGUGAAAUUGGAGAGGACUGCACCAAAGAGGUGAAGGAGGUUCUUACUUAUAUUGAACGGGAUGAUAUUUUGCCUCCUAUCAUUGUUCUUCAGACCCUGGCGAAAAAUCCAUGCCUCACACUCUCUGUCAUCAAAGACUAUAUAGCACGGAAACUUGAACAAGAAUCAAGGAUUAUUGAGGAGGACCGGCGGACUGUAGAGAAGUAUCAGGAAUCGACAAAAAACAUGAGAAAAGAGAUUGAAGACCUCAGGACAAAUGCCAGAAUAUUUCAACUUAGCAAGUGCACCGCUUGCACUUUCACAUUGGAUAUUCCUGCAGUCCAUUUCAUGUGUAUGCACUCAUUCCAUCAACGCUGCCUCGGUGACAACGAAAAAGAAUGCCCCGAGUGUGCUCCCGAGUACAGAUCUGUGAUAGAAAUGAAGAGAAGUUUGGAGCAGAACUCGAAAGACCAAGAUCUGUUCUUUCAGCAAGUGAAGAGCUCAAAAGACGGAUUUUCUGUGAUUGCAGAGUACUUCGGAAAAGGAAUCAUCAGCAAAACUAAUGACGGAACCAUAUGA